AUGCCUGUCAUGUCGGCGAUGCAGCGUCCUAUGACGGUGCUAAUUGAUGAACUGAAGGCCAAGAUCGCCCUCCUUGAGGGUGAUCGAAAGGCUUACUUUGAAACCUCUCAGUUUGUUUUUAGGUAUCACACUGAAGCUGAGAAAUUCCCAUGUAUACUUGAUGCUAUGGAAGCAGAGAUUCGUAGCACUAGAAGUGAACUUAAGGAACUGAAGGCCAUGCAUGAUGAUGCCCAGAUCUCUAAAGAGGCUGCUCAGGCAGAAUUAACCAAGAAUGAGACAGUUGUGUAUAAAGAGAGAAAACAACGAGAGAUAGAACUACAGAAAAUGAAGAAGGAAGCAGACGACAAAAAGAUACAACACGAGAGAAUCGAACGCAGAAUUGCCCAGAGGGGGUCUAUCCAGGCAGACGAAAUUAACCCCCAGGAGAAGCAGGCCCUGCAGGGUGAGGAACAACAGCAGAAGAUUACUUCAUAUGAGGAAGCCUUCCGAAAAAUCAAGGAGACAACUGGUGUGUCCGAAACCACGGAUGUUGUCCUUCGAUUUGAGGGCCAGGAGACUACUACUAAACACCUUGAAGAUCUAAAGGCUCAGAAUGAAAAAUCCAUUACAAGACUGCGCGAGGAAAAGGAGAAGUUUCAACAGGAAUUCGAGGAGAUGAAAUACUCUGGAGAUGCUAAACUGUCCAGUGGACAGAGAAUGCUGGAGGAGUUCCAGACCCAACUACAAAAGGAGGAGUUACGACAGGAAGAGACAGAGGAGACACUUCACAGGAACAGCACAAUCAUGGUUUCUGUAAAGGCUGGUGUGGAGCAUCUGACUGACAAACUGCACCAUCUUAAAGCUAACAAGGGACACGUUCCAACAGCACAGAUUGCACCCACUUCUGAUGAGUAUGUCCUUGAUCAGUUGUCUCUUUGUGAGGAGAAGCUCCUCAAACUGCUUGAGGAACUGGAUGGCAAGGAUAUCAAUGAUCUCACUAAACAGAUGGAGGAAGAAGAGUUCCAUGCAAGCAUGGAAGGGAAACUGCCACAGUACAAUACAAGAGUGAAGCUGCCACAAAAGGAACGGGAUAUGGGAUUUGAUGAUGAAGAUGACAGUGGUGAUGAUGAUGGAGAUGUUCCGGGUCGCAACGCUAUCAAGAAACAAUCCCAGUUUAUUGUUGACUCUAAGACGAAACGCCGAACCACAAAGAAGAAAAAGAAGAUGAAGUAAAAAGAGUCAAAGGCAGGACGUGACUUAUGGACAAUGACAGAUACGAUUAAUUUUACUAUGGACAUCAGACUUUAUAUACAUACAAUUAAGUGAUUUUAACAGAUCCAACUACGUGGAUAACUGACUUAAUUAAGAUGGAUACAACUAGGUGGAUGAUUGACUUAUAUACAUACAACUAAGUGGACAGCUUUACUUCAAUAGGUACAACUAUGUUGAUAACUGCUUUAAACUGAUAGAUACAACUGGAUGGAUGACUGACUUUAUAUACAUACAAUUAAGUGGACAGCUUUACUUAAAUUGGUACAAUAAGAUGGAUGACUGACUUUAUAUACAUACAAUUAAGUGGACAGCUUUACUUAAAUUGGUACAAUAAGAUGGAUGACUGACUUAAUGUACAUACAACUAAGUGGACAGAUUUACUGACUGACUUGGACUUAAAUAGAUACCACUGAUGUACAUGGUAAAACCUGCAAACAUUCCACUUGUAUACAUACAACCAGAUUGGCAACAGACUUUCAUAAACAUAAUAGAAUGAUUGUUCAAUUUGUUGUAUAUAGUCACGAUGAUAUAGGACCUCUGAAAAGACAAUGCUGUAUAACUGAAAAAAAUGGAUACAAGUGUGUGGACAACUAACUAAUAAAAAGCUGAAGUAUAUGGAUGCACACUGGUACAGGAAGAUCUAACAGUACAUCAUUUACGUUAAGUUCUUCAGUGUGUAAUGGACUGCCAGCCAUCUGUUUGGUUACCAGAUGUUGAUCAGAGAGGCAGAGAGAUCUUUAAAGCCAAAACUUUGCCCUAUAGUGGUAUGUGACACUGAUACAUGGUUCAUUCAAUUUCUUUGAUUUUUUGGUAUGUUGCUUUUUGGAAGUUACAGAUGAAAGAGUUAAAACCUGUUGUGCAUGAUGGCCAUGUAGUUCCUGUAAAACUUGUAUCAUGGUUGAUAGAGAUUUCCUGGCACUGCUGACUGAUAUGUUAGUCUUUGUAUUUAACAGUAACACACAAGUGCUGCUUAUUUAAUCAUGCCACUUUACAAAUUUUAUGCUAAACUUAACAACAUUCCUAUUUUACUUAGAUUUGAAUUGUUAUCAGUUAAACAAAGGAAGGUAUUUAAAUAAAUAAAUUGAUGAAAUUGGA